AUGCCAAAACCAGUAAGGCAAGAAGAUCUAGAUUUCGUUUCUUGUGAAAACGAUCGCUACGAAAGUGAAAUAUUUAAAUGGAAAAAUGAUCGGUUAGUUGAGGCCAUUAUACAAGAAGAGUUUGAAUUUGCAAAAGAGACUUAUAAAGCCAAAGCAAUUGCACAUAAAAAAUACGAAGCAGCAGAACAGAAGCGUUUAAAUGCUGAUAAAGAAUGGCAAAAAUACUGGGAACAAGUAGCUGCUAAGUAUGAGAAAGAAAAACUUGAAAGGAAACGACAGUUUGAAUCAGAGCAGGCUAAAUGGAGGCAAAUGGCUGAUGAAUAUGAUCGUAAGAUUAAAGCACUGAAGCAAGCCGAAGAAGAUCGAAAAAAAAGGGAGGAAGAGGCAAAAAGACAAGAAAUACUUAAGAUACAAAAUAAAAAACUGGAGCAGGAGGCUGCGUUGGCUGAAGAAAAGAGGAAAAAAGAAGAGGCUUUAAAAGCUGCGGAAAACGCCAAGAAGGUUCAAGAUAAUGCCAAAACUGUGACCAAUGAUAAUACUAAAAAUCUUGUUACAGACGAAAUUUUGAAACAAGAACAACUUUAUCGCAAUAUGCUCAAAACUAUACAUGAUAAAUUUUCAAAAAAUCCUCAGCUGAAAUCUGCGACUACUGAAGCGAGAAAAAAUAUCACAUUAGGAUUAAACAUUCUUACGAAUGGUCGUGCGGAAAUUAUCAAAAUUGCUACUCAAUUUGAUGCAAUGCUGAGAAGCCAUAAAAACAAUUCGGACGUUUACUAUUUUCUAAUUAAUUAUAUUGCCAAAGGAGUAGUGAAACAUGCUGAAGUUGAUGUAGUAUCUAAGGAAUCUGCUGCAUUCCCUUUUGCUCAUUUGUGUGUGUUGAUUUGUACGCAGCAUACAGAAUUCAUGGAGUUUUUAAUGACUCGCCUCGUUAAAAAAUGUCCUUAUGUUUUACCACGCUAUUAUGCCCGUCAGGCCAAUCAAAGUCUGGAGGAAUAUAAGAAACAAAUGUCAUAUAAGCCAAAUGAAGAUGAAGAUGCCUACGUUAAUCGAAUGUAUCUUAAAAAUCCAUAUGGCAUUGAUAAUGCUUGGACAUAUCUAGCACGUUUAAUGAAUUUGAGGCCACAAAAAAUUACGCCAUCACUUCUUUAUAUUUGCCUAAAGAUUACUGGUUCGAGUCUUCUUCGUGCAUAUAAUCAGCAUGCACUGAAAUUAUUUUCUGUUGUUUAUAAGAGUUAUGUUCAAAGGCCUCCUUCAGAAGUUAAUUCAUUGUUGACAAGUGCGCCAGCUGCAAUGUCCAGAUUACGAACAUUACUUGAGGAUGCAUCUAAAAAAGGACAAUUUCCAGUUCCAGAAGGGCAAACUCCUGAUUAA